AUGCCGCUCGUCACCUGGCGCGUUCCUCUCCUCCUCCUCGUUUAUUAUAAUAAUAAUAAGUUAAUUCAUAACACACAGCCCGACUGCAGCAAGCCCAAGCUCGCCCCGAUUUUCCAGCCCCUGUCGCGCGUGCAUCAGCAUCCGCCCUCGACAUCAUCCCAGCAGCAGAGAAAACGUGUGGAGGGCCCAGGCGACAAGAAGGAUGAGAUAGCUGCAAAACGUCCGCGCACGAACACCGUCCGCUCCACCACCGUCUCCACCGCGAUCCACCACCAAGCCCCUCUCCCAGAUCGCCUUCGCCCAACAUCCUUGGAUCAUUACGUCGGCCAUCCUCACCUUACUGCCCCUGACUCUCCCCUCCAGUCCCUCUCCAAGUCCGGUGCACUCGGCAGCAUCAUCCUCUGGGGUCCGCCUGGCUGCGGAAAAACUACCCUCGCUCGUCUGCUCGCACGCAAUUCAAACGCGGUCUUCAAGGAGCUUAGCGCCACCAUCGCCGGUAUCAAUGAUGUGCGUCCUAUUUUUGAUCAAGCAAAGAACGAACUUCGUCUCACCGGACGCCGCACUGUCAUAUUUCUGGACGAGAUCCACCGCUUUACAAAAUCGCAGCAGGACAUCUUCCUCCCAUUCUUAGAGCAUGGAGACGUUCAGCUUAUCGGCGCCACAACGGAGAACCCUUCUUUCAAAUUGAACAGCGCCCUCCUCAGUCGAUGUCGUGUUUUCCUCCUCGAGCGUCUCACCGAUGAACAGAUCACUGAGAUCCUCACCAAGGCCGUCGCUCGCGUCGGGCCACCUACAGACGCAGCCGAAGACCCUUCCAGCUCUCAAACCGUCCCGUCUUCCAGCUCCCAAGAGUCCACCUCAUCCGAUCCCCCAUUCCCCACAUAUCCCCACCUAACCCGUCAAAUCCUCUCCUCCAUCGCCUCCCUCUCCACAGGCGACGCCCGCACCGCCCUCUCCCUCCUCGAACUCGUCCUCUGCUCCCCAACUACCACCCCCUCCUCCACCCUCCUCACCACACUGCGCAAAUCCGUCUCUGCAUCGUACGACCGCACCGGCGACUCGAGGUACGAGAUGAUUUCUGCGCUGCAUAAAAGUGUAAGGGGAAGUCAGCCGGACGCGGCGAUGUAUUGGUUGGCGAGGAUGUUGGAGGCGGGGGAGGAUCCGCUUUAUGUGGCGAGGAGGAUGACGGUUUGUGCGAGUGAGGAUAUCGGGUUAGCGGAUCGGCAUGCGUUGCCUCUCGCUAUGGCGACGAUGCAAGCCUGCCAGAUGAUAGGAAUGCCAGAAUGUAGGAUCAACCUCGCCCACCUCGUCGCCUACCUCUCCGAGGCCCCAAAAUCGACGCGCGCGUACGAGGCUUAUGAGCGUGCGGCGGAGGCGGCGAAGAAGGAUCUUACGAAGCCGGUGCCGAUGCAGAUUAGGAAUGCGCCGACGGGGUUGAUGAGGGAGAUUGGAUGUGCGGAGGGAUAUAGGUAUAAUCCGGAUUAUGCACAUCCGGUGACGAAUACGUAUUUGCCGGAGGGGGUGAGGGGCAAGGUGUUCCUUAGGAAGGAGGGCGAUGUGAGUGGGAAGGAGUGGGACGAGGAGGCGUUGAAGAGGUGGGAGGAGGAGGAGAAUGAGGGGAGGCCUUGGGAGGGGAGGGCGAGGAGGGAUUGA